UCACUCAUUAACCAGAGCUAAUGGUGACCACAGGAACCCUGUCUCAUUUAGUAACUGAGCUUUAUUCUGCAGAACUUCACGAUCCACCAUGGAAGGCGUAAUAGUAACCCGAAGGCGUCUCUCAGACAACAUGGCGCAGUUGACACAAGACCUUGGUAAAGCAUUUUUCCAGAAGCAGCAACUUAAUGCUUCAAUGGCUGACACUUUCCUGGAACAUCUCUGUCUGCUGGACAUCGAUUCCGAGCCCACCACAGCCCGGAACACAAGCAUUAUCUGCACCAUCGGACCGGCAUCACGCUCCGUUGAGAUGUUAAAAGAAAUGAUAAAAGCGGGAAUGAAUAUUGCUCGGUUAAAUUUUUCUCAUGGUUCCCACGAAUAUCAUGCUGGCUCUAUAAAAAAUGUGCGUGAAGCUACAGAGAGCUUUGCGGCCAAUCCCAUGUUCUAUCGACCAGUGGCCAUAGCUCUGGACACAAAGGGACCUGAAAUUCGCACUGGUGUCAUAAAAACGGGAGAAAACGAUGAGGUGGAGCUGGUGAAAGGGACGGUUGUGAAAGUUACAACAGACGAGACCCUUUGGAACAAGUGUGAUGAAAAGACUCUGUGGGUGGAUUACAAAAACAUCUCUAAAGUGGUUAAGGUCGGCGGCAGAAUCUUCGUAGAUGAUGGGCUUCUGUCUCUGCUAGUUAAAGAGAUUGGUCCUGGUUAUUGUUUGGCGGAGGUGGAGAAUGGAGGAAAUCUCUGCAGCAGGAAAGGAGUAAAUCUGCCAGAGGCGGAAGUGGAUCUCCCUGCUCUUUCAGAGAGAGACAAACAGGACCUUAAAUUUGGAAUUGAGCAAGGAGUAGAUAUGGUAUUCGCCUCUUUCAUCCGUAAGGCUCAGGAUGUCCAUGCUAUCCGUGAGGCACUUGGAGAGGCUGGUCGGAAUAUCCGCAUUAUCAGCAAGAUUGAGAAUCAUGAAGGCGUAAAGAGGUUUGAUGAGAUUCUGGAAGCCAGUGAUGGGAUCAUGGUUGCACGUGGUGAUCUUGGUAUUGAGAUUCCAGCAGAAAAGGUUUUCCUGGCACAAAAGAUGAUGAUUGGACGCUGCAACCGAGCUGGCAAACCAGUUAUUUGUGCCACCCAGAUGCUGGAAAGUAUGAUUAAAAAGCCACGUCCAACCCGCGCAGAGAGCAGUGACGUGGCGAACGCCGUGCUGGAUGGAGCUGAUUGCAUUAUGUUGUCCGGAGAGACCGCCAAAGGGCUCUAUCCUGUUGAGGCUGUACACAUGCAGCAUGCGAUUGCUCGGGAAGCUGAGGCGGCUAUAUACAACCAUCAGCUAUUUGAGGAGUUGCGCAGGGUGACUCCCUUAACCCAGGAUCCCACGGAGGUGACCGCGAUCGGGGCUGUGGAGGCAUCCUUUAAAUGCUGUGCAGGAGCAAUCAUUGUUCUGACCACAUCUGGCAGGUCAGCUCAGCUGCUCUCCCGUUACCGCCCUCGCGCUCCCAUCAUUGCGGUGACACGGAAUGACCAGGUAGCACGUCAGGCUCAUCUGAGCCGUGGAGUUUUCCCCGUUCUUUAUCGUGAGAAGCAGCUUGAUGUCUGGGCAGAUGAUGUGGAUCGCAGGGUGCAGUUUGCCAUUUCAAUUGGUAAGGUCCGUGGUUUCCUCCACAAAGAUGAUGUGGUGAUUUUCCUGACUGGAUGGAGACCUGGCUCUGGAUAUACCAAUAUCAUGCAGGUGGUGCGGGUACCCUAGAGUGCAGGGUCUGCUGUCCUGGAAGCAAGAAACUCUGACAUUCCCAAACAUUUCUUAUUAAACAUUUCUGGAAGCUUUA